AUGUCCAGGAGCUCCCGGGUGGUGCUGGCCAUCUCCGCGCUGCUCUCCGCCGCCACGGUGGUGGCCGUGCACGUCCAGCAGCAGUGGGAACGGGAGAGGCUGCACAGUGGAGUUCUCAGAGAUCUUGAGCGUCAGAGUCAGAAAAAGGAGAAUCUUCGCCUCCUGGAAGAGCAGAUAGCUUUGACAAAGCAGCUUAUGGAAGAAAGAGACAAGGCACUAAUGGAAAAAGGGUCCCAGCAGUCCUAA